AUUUCAUUCAGAAAUGAUUCUGUUACGCUUUGUACUAAGCUUAGUGCUCCUCAUAAAUACCACAGAAUGUUCUUUUCUAAAGGGUUGCAAUUAUGGUGGAUCCUGCGUGGAUGAGAAAUGGCGAAACGACACACAUUGGAAUAUCAUUUGCAUGGAAUGGAUGGAACUUGACAAAGGUGACAUUGAUACCUGUCCAAAACCAUGGAAAUGCUGCCAUACUACGCAAUACGAAAAGAAGAUUCCGUAUUCAAAACACUAACCGUGACGCCCUAAACUUAAAUUUAGCUACAAUAAAUGAGAAACAGGUUUCUCAUUUUAUGGGCCAAUAAAAUAAAUAAAGUCAAAACAAAAGGGCACGCGCUUCUCUUGUUCUUCAGUAAAACAAAGGCU